AUGGGUGGUAUGGACACACAACUGGCGGGUGCUGCGAUAGUUAGCAGUGGCCUGGUGAUAGCGCUAUCGUUGGUGAUGAUCGGUGUGCUCUUCCAAGAUAUCAACUCGAUGUACGAUGACAUUAUGCUGGAUAUGGCCGAAUUCAAGAUGAUCGCCAACGACGCGUGGAAAGACAUCGCCGUUGUUAACCACAGGGCACCGCCAAGUGACUUCGACCAGCUGUUCGCCCGUCAAAAACGUGACGCGAAGGCGUGCAAUUGCGCGCAACGUUCACGUCGCUGUCCUGUCGGUGCACCGGGUCCAAAAGGAGCUCCAGGAGAGGCGGGCGCGAACGGAGCCGACGGAUUAGCCGGACUAAUGGGAAAAUCCGGUCUUAUUGAAACCGCUCGGUCUCCCCCAGGAUCCUGCAUUAAAUGUCCACCUGGACCACCAGGCCCUAUGGGACCACAGGGUAUUCAAGGACCCGCCGGGCCAAACGGAUUCAUUGGAGCACCAGGUAUCGACGGAAAACCAGGACGACAAGGACCAUCUGGACAAGUGGGAGAUAGUGGUUCGCCUGGUAUGCUUGGAGCAACUGGACCAGUGGGAGCUCCAGGAGCCAAUGUCCUCAUACUGAUCGGACGACCAGGACCGAAAGGUGAACAAGGACCGAAUGGUCAACCAGGCAAUGCCGGUCAAUCAGGAAAACGAGGACCAGCUGGGGCACCAGGAGCACCAGGUGCUGCCGGAUUCAACGGACGACCCGGAGCACUUGGACUCGAUGGCGCAGCCGGAAUGCCGGGUAUCGAUGGACUGCCAGGCGAUGAUGGUGUCUACUGCCCGUGCCCAUACCGUGCCGCUUGA